CCAGAAGCACAGAACCUGGUCAAACUUUGCCACUGUGUGGCUGUCGCCAUGAUUGCUCUAAACAGUGCAACAGAGUUAUAAUAUCUACACCCUAGUCCAAAAACUCAUCAGAAUUCCAACAGCUCCUUAUUCCUUUCUCAGCUAUAACAUAAUUAAGCUUCUUAUUAUUGAGUCCAGAAACAAAUAUGGGAGACUCAGAGGGAGGAGACAAGUACAGAAGCCACUUGUCAGGGGAGGCAGAGAAGAACACCAAGUGGAGGGAUGGUGCCCCUCCCAAUUACGACUCUGUCAACAAGCUCUUUGAAGAAGGAAGGACCAAGGUGUGGCCUCCAGGAUCCCUGGAAGAACAAGUCCAGAACAUGGUCAAGACCUGGGAAAUGGAGAUGUUCAACAAAACACGUUUUGCUGACCACAAGACCCUAGUCGAUCCCAACACAUACACCAAAAGCCUCAAUGGAAGGAAGCCGAUAACCCUGGAAGAGACUCGGAAGAUAGGAGGCGGCUACAAUUCAUUUUUGCAGACAUCCUUGCCGGAAGAGCUAAGAGGCUACAACCCUGCGGUGGAGACAGUGGAAUCAGCUCAUCUGGCCUUCAGAACGACAUUCCCUCGUGGGUUUGCUCUGGAAGUGCUCCAAGUUUACUCCGGCCCGCCGGUGAUCGCCUACAAGUUCAGGCACUGGGGGUACAUGGAGGGUCCUUUCCAAGGGUACCCUCCAACGGGAGAGCUGGUGGAGUUGUUUGGGAUUGGAAUCUUUCAUGUGGACGAGAAGAUGAGUGUGGAGAAAGUGGAGUUCUUUUUCGAUCGUGGAGAGUUGCUUGGUGGGCUUAUGAGAGGUGGUACUAAAGGGUCGGGUGGUUCUGUGUCGUCUACUAGUACGGGAGCUCCAAGCUGCCCUUUCUUGGCGUCGAAAUGAACUUGUUAUGAGAUCGAUGUACGUGAGAAAGGGGCAACUUGUAACUCACACGACGAUGAAGGGAAAAGGUCACCAAGGCCAGCUUGUGUGGUUCGUAAUUGAAGGUAAAGAGUUUGUAUGAAUUAGUUAAUUGAUUAGGUUGUGUGAAAGAUAUAUUAUAUACAUGAAUAUAAGUGAGUUAAUGUGAUCUCUAUUGGUGUAAAUGUGUAAGGAAUAGGUAAUAUUUCUAAAUUAUAAAGAUAAGAUCCGACA